GUGAGAUCUUAGGCACACUGAAACUGCUGACCUGCUUGCACAAAAACAUCUUGGGCUUUCUCUACGGCAGGUUCGUACACCAUCCUGGCAACCCAAUCUACUCCAGACUUCUAACUAUUGGCUUAGACUAGCCUUCCUCUACCCUCACUCACGUUAACAGUCUUGGUAAAGUCUACGGAGACAUCGAAUUUAAGAAAUUGGAGGCAUUUGAUCAGAUGUCAGAAAAAAUCUCAUUUUUAGCACUGAGCCGCUGCAUGACUUCAAGUAGUGUUAUUCUCUUUCUGUGCCUGUUUAAUGUUCUUUUGGCCUUGGCCUUAAAAGGUAUUGCUGCAGGUGAAAAGGCUCAUGUAAGGAGCACUGUAUGCCCUCACUUAAGUAAAGAAAGCAAUUUAAGUAUCAAAAGAGCUUUAGAUAAAUAUGAAAGAAAUGCAAUCACUGGUGACUUCCAGGUAGGUCAGAACCAAGGGAGAACACAAUCAGAAUUCCAGCAUCUGUGCUAGCUGUUCUUUAGUUUGUUUCUGGAAACCUAAACGCACAAAUGAAUUUUCUUUAGUUUGUUUCUGGAAACCUAAAUGCACAAAUUAAUUUUAUACUGUUUAUAAAAGACUUGAUAAAGGUCUUGAAUAUAUUACUUGUCAAAAAUAUGCAUUUCAUAAUAAUGAUUUGCACAUGAAUGAAAGCUGAGAUAGACACUACUGAAUCAUGUACUUGCAGUAUAAUGGAAUGAAUCCUUAAAGUAAUUUCAACGCAACUACUUCUAAAAAAUACUUUGUCAAGACAGAGGGGGAAAACCAAGAACCGGUCAAAAGACGAUGAUAGUACCACAGUGGUGCCGUUGUUCUUAGCAGUGAUCAGAAGUGGGAUGUUUACUGCUAUGGACAAACAAAGAAGUUCUGGCCCUCUUCCAUCCUCCUUUAGUGCUCGGAACAGGACUGCAGUCAUACACUGACAGCCAAGCUUUAAGCAUCUAUGAAGGUUAUAAUUUUAUCCAGAUAUUAUUUUAAGUUUUUAAUGUGUUUCUUGAAGCCUAGGUGGGACAACCUUUUUUUUUUUUUUUUUUUUUUUUUCCCCUUCACUGUGCUCACACACAGUGAGCAGUCUUUGUGAGGGCUAUAAGCCCAGGAGUAAAAUGCCACCAAAGGAGAACUGGUUCAUCUCACACAUUUGUCUCAUGGGUUUUUUUUCCUCACGUUCCAAAUACUGUGAGAUGUCUUACGCAAACACAUGCUAUGUGUGACCAUUAUUACGCCAUGUCACCGAAUGACUAUAUUGAAUAAUAGUUAAAUACUUUGUUAACCCAGUGCAAGUAUGAAGCCCCCUACCUAACUGUUCUUAGUGACUGAUGAGCCACGGGGUGUCACUGCUUAGUAAAAGCACCUGUAAGCUGCAGAGCGUGAUGCCAUGGAGUGAAAUAAAUGGAGGGAUGGAAUCUGUGACAAAAAUGUCUUGUGUAUUUCAACCAACAUUUUUUUGUUUCUUUGUUGGACUUUGUUUAGAACAAACUACAUUCUUUGAUUUUGGAAUUCGAAGUAAAACUCCAAUAUCAAAGAGAGUAAAAUUAACUGCUCUUCAGUUAUUCACCAGAACAUUACUAGUGCUUUCAGUGGUAAAUAAAAAUGAGUCUCUGUUAAUUUCCUUUGCAGUUAAAUGAAUUAAACACUUUUCUUUCUCUAGAAAUAUACUGUAAAUAACCCCCCCUGUAAUUUUCUUAGUCUGAUUUUCUCUUGGAAUUACAUUGCUCUGCCAACUGUUAAAUAUUGGUAUUUUUUUCUUUUAAAGAUUUUCCCUACGCAUGCAUAAGCACAUAAAAGACAUAAAUAAAAGUAAUUUAAUUGUAUUAGUUGCAGGUAUACAUUUGUACAAGACCUUUUGUUAUUUAUACCACAUUAAGCUCUUAAUUUUUUUGAGUGAUAACUUCAGAUUUUCUUUGAUACUGUCAAAUGUUUCUUUUGUUUUAGAGCUGAUACAGUCUGCUCAGGUACAGGACUCCCUCUCAGUCGACUGAUCCCCAUGAUGAGUGGGACAAGCUGUGCAUCACUUCACUUACACUAUUUCACUCAAACUAGUAUGUUUUCAAAGCAACAUAAGGAAGGUAGUGUACUUCCACAAAUGCGAUUGCUUUUUAUUUGUUUUCCAGCCACUUAAUAGUUUCUUCUUAGAUAAAAAAUAUUUUACUAUGCUUGCUUUCCUUAAGACCUGUGAACUUUAUUUUUCUCAUUAAUUUCUAGAUGUUUAGCAUUGUAAUUUUAUGAGAAAGAAUAAGUGAAUGUGACACUGUCUCACAUUAAUGAAAAAACUUUUACAGGAUUCAUUCAGUUCUUGCUUCUUGCACUGGUGAAAAUCAGGAGUGGUACAACUACCACAGCUGCUUGGGUGCAGUCAGUAUAAAGCCAUUAGAAUGUGAAGGAUUAAGACUUUUUUUUGCAGCUUAUUUGGCAAAGUGUGAUGAAAGGGGGAACAGUAAAAAAACACAAACCAGAACUGACAGCCAAGCUUUAAGCAUCUAUGAAGGUUAUAAUUUUAUACAGAUAUUAUUUUAAGUUUUUAAUGUGUUUCUUGAAGCUUAGGUGGGACUACCUUUUUUUCUUUUUUUUUUUUUUUCUUCCCCUUCAGAGUCUUUUCACAAAAUACAGAGGUGUUUAUAGAAGCAAUUUGUGCAGUUAAAUCCUCUAUUUCAUUUUUUCUGGAGGGCCUUUUUGCUUUCUCUGAAAACCAGGUGUUCUUCCCAGCUACUAGGAAGGUGUGAGACAAGUGCGAUGAUGGAAAUGGCAGAGUUGCCAGCAGAGGGAAAUUCCCUGAUAAGAGCAGUCUAUCAAAGCCGGCUUCGCCUCACCAGACUGUUACUCGAGGGUGGCGCCUACAUCAACGAGAGCAAUGACAGAGGUGAAACCCCUUUAAUGAUUGCUUGUAGGACAAAACACCUGGACUCCCAGAGUGCCAGCAAGGCAAAGAUGGUUAAAUACCUACUAGAAAACAAGGCUGAUCCGAACAUACAGGACAAAUCUGGAAAGACAGCCUUGAUGCAUGCUUGUUUGGAAAAAGCAGGCCCUGAAGUGGUAUCUCUGCUACUGAAAAGUGGAGCUGACCCAAGCCUGCAAGAUCAUUCCAAUUGCUCUGCACUUGUGUAUGCAAUAAACUCUGAAGACAAAGAGACCCUGAAAGUUCUUCUUAAUGCCUGCAGGGCACAAGGAAAAGAAGUCAUCAUCAUCACGAUGGACAAGUCCCCAUCAGGAAGGCAGAAAACAAAGCAGUACCUAAACAUGCCUCCUGCAGACCUGGAGGAAUGGCAUUCCCCCGCUGCUUGCACUUCCCCAUCAGAAAUAGAACUGAAAACAUCUCCCUCCCCACUUUCAAGUUCAAAUGAAACUAAAAAAGCACUUUUCAGCUUUAAAGAGCUGGAUCAUCUACGAAGUGUGAACAACUCAUCUCAGACAGUUUCACUGAUGAGAAAAUCCAGCUCAACAAAAGUAGGGUCCAAGCUGGCACAAGUGCAGCGGCUGCAGUCUGAGCCUUGGAUAAAGAGUUCUCCGUCACUGUUCCACCAGAAUAAAACUGCCUGUUUACAAGAACUUCAUGAUAUUACUCCAGAAGAAGAGGUCUCUUUUAAAAUUAGUGGCCUUGACUUAUCAAAGAGAUUCAUUACCAGGCACCAAAGUAUUGACAUAAAAGACACUGCUCAUUUGUUGACAACCUUCAAUCAAACUGGAUCGAGGAAAUUAUCAUAUGAUGAGCUAAACUGUCAGGUUCCUUAUGUUGAAGGGAAGCAUAUCUCCAGUGGGAUUCCUAUGGGUAGGGAUGUCAGUUCAGCACAAACCAGCUUUAUUUCAAACCUCAGUAGUAUUAUCCGGAAAAGAAAUUCAGGAGCAAAUCACUACAGCUCUGAUUCUCAGUUAACUAACAGUCUAAUUCCUGCUGCUGCAGAAGACAGUAAGUCAGUGAUAGAAAAGAAAAAGAUUUUUUCUCCAUCUCGCUCUUCGUUACCAAGUUCUAGAGAAGUAGUGGACACCAUGCCGCCUCUUACUUUGAGCAGGAGAAACCAAGCUUUUCUGGAAAGAGAGAGUCCAGGAGCCGUAUUGUUGGAUCAUAUUGCUCAGACAAGACCAGGUUUUCUCCCACCACUGAAUGUGAAUCCUCAGCCCCCAAUUCCAGACAGUGCUUUCAUAAACCGGGUUUCUGGCAUGAUUUCUUGUGGACAAAAACACUUAGUACCAGCAGCACCUGCUUUCCCUGGGGAGACUAAAAAUAUGAAAAUGCUACUAAGGAGGCAGUCAUUACAGACUGAGCAGAUUAAGCAAUUAGUGAAUUUUUAACAAGGGAGUAAAGGAUUACAAAAUCUUUAUGAUACGUGCAUAUUCACUGCAGUACCUCACUGUAAUGAUACAUACCACAAAACAGCAGGGCGGUGAUACAAAGCUUUCUCAAGUUAAAUAGCUUUGAGACCACAUGAA